CCCUAUCUUCUCCUAUCUCCGCCUCUCCCUCUGCCCUCUCCUCCACUUACCUGCCUGAUAAAAUCAAGGGUCUGAAACUGCAGCCUUCCUUAUCUUGGGUCUGAUCUGGCAGGCCUUCUUAGGUAGCGCCUGUUUUUACGCGAUACCUUUAGGACUGACCUUCAUUGUAGUCGCGUGCUCUACGCUAACGCCUAGCGUUGCAAUGCGCUGGUUUACGGGGUCGGCGCAGCCAUAUUUCCGAGUUUGACACGUCCGCUGGCCUUAGGGUUAGCAGCUUUCUCCGGUGUCCCGCAACCUGAUUCUCAAAAUCCACGUUUAAGCGUCAAGAAGGGAUAUUUUUUUAGGUUAGCGAUGUCGAGCGGCGAAGCGGAGGUUGCCGGAGAGCCGGCUGCGCCAGCAGCGCCGCCUCCGCUCGAAUGGAAAUUCGGUCAGGUGUUCGGCGAACGGGCAGCUGGAGAGGAGGUUCAGGAUGUGGACAUCAUCUCGGCGAUCGAGUUCGAUCGCUCAGGCGAGCACCUGGCGACGGGCGACAGAGGCGGGCGAGUGGUGCUGUUCGACCGCAUUGACCUGCGCGACGCGCGGGGUCGGCGGGAGAUGGAGGCGAGUGACUACCCCCCGGCCGCGCACCAGCAGAUCGACUACCGCUACUCCACGGAGUUCCAGAGCCACGAGCCCGAGUUUGACUACCUCAAGUCGCUGGAGAUCGAGGAGAAGAUCAACAAGAUCCGCUGGGUGAACUCCUCUCAGGGCGCGCUCUACGUGCUCUCCACCAACGACAAGACCAUCAAGCUCUGGCGGGUCACCGAGCGCCGCGUCAAAGCCGUCUCGCAGUUCAACUGCCCGCCGCGCGCGCCCGCUGACUACCUUGCCCCCGGAGCAGCAGACGCAGCAGCAGACCCUGCUCUCCCCACGCCCCCCACGUCCGUCCCUGGCGGGCCACAGAUCAACCCGCGGUACCUGCCGCGCCCGGGGUCGCUGUCCUCCGCCUCUGCUGCUGCGAGGGCGGUUGCUGCUGGCGCUGGCGCUGUGCUGAAUGGAGUUGGCAUGGAGGUAGACUUCCCGCCUGGGGGCUUCCCGCAGCUGCGCCUCCCUGCUGUGGUAUCAACCAGCGAGACCACUCUGGUAGCGCGUUGCCGCCGUGUGUUUGCCAACGCGCAUGCCUACCACAUAAACUCCAUCUCCUGCAACAGCGACCGCGAGACGUUUAUCUCAGCGGACGACCUGCGCGUGAACCUGUGGAGCCUGGAGAACAAUGCGCAGAGCUUCAACGUGGUGGACAUCAAGCCCGCCAACAUGGAGGACCUCACAGAGGUGAUAACGUGUGCGGAAUUCCACCCGUCGCACUGCCACUCGCUCGCCUACUCCACGUCCAAGGGCACCAUCCGCCUCAUUGACAUGCGCCAAUCCGCCCUCUGCGACCAACACUCCAAGCUGUUUGAGGAGCAGGAGCCCCCCGGCAACCGGUCCUUCUUCUCGGAGAUCAUUGCGUCCAUCAGCGAUGUCAAGUUCUCCAACGACGGCCGCUACAUCUUCAGCCGCGACUACAUGACCGUCAAGCUGUGGGACAUCCACAUGGAGGCUCAACCACUGGGCACAUUCAAAGUGCACGAGUUCCUUCGGCCCAAGCUGUGCGACCUGUAUGAGAACGAUUGCAUAUUCGACAAGUUUGAGUGCACGCCCAGUGGGGACGGACUCCGAUGCGCCUCAGGCUCGUACAGCAACCUGUUCCGGGUGUUUGGAGUGGUGCCUGGGAGCGACGAGGCCUCUCUGCUGGAGUCCUCCAAAACACCAAACAGGCGCAUGGUGCAGACACCGGCCAAGGGAGGGGGCAGGGCAGGGGCGCGAGGCCGGAGGGAUGCAAGAAGAGAAGCGGUGGAUGCGAUGGACCCCAACGGCAUGCAGCACGACUUCUCUUCAAAGCUCUUGCACCUUGCAUGGCACCCCAAGGCCAACCUCAUUGCCUGUGCCGCCUCCAACUCCCUCUACAUGUACUAUGCUUGACCUGUACUACUCCCUCAACUUGACCAAUAUGGCCCUCCGUCCGUCGUCCUCCCUGUGCAUCAGGAUUCGUUUUUCUUACUUGUUCCUUUUUGGAAUCGACCAUGUUGGUUUGAGAAUGCACAUAAUGGAAAGCUGCUGAUAACGUGAAUAUACACUUACAAUGUCGUAGUUUAAUCUCCUUAACU